AAAAUUAUAUACCAAGGUCAUAUUGUUGUUAUAUCAGCUGUGUUGUAUGAUAGUAAAGUAAUUUGAUAAUAUCCAAUUAUCCAUAUUGGGUUGAGUGAAGUCAAAAAGUCUGGCUUGUUUCAACUGCAUAAAUUUUUUUUUUGUUAUUUUUAGUUUUCAUUUAAUUUAAGUGUAAAAAUAUAUUUUUUUUUUGUUUUUAAAUUUUAAUCGCUUGUGUGUUAAUCGUUUUAAGGAUAAUGGCUGCCCGAUUUGCUAAAUUAGAUUUGAAGAAUACAUCAUUUUUACUUUGUGAUAUACAAACGAAAUUUCGGCCAUCAAUGAAAUUUUUUGAUCCGUUUGUUGUGAAUUCUAACAAAUUGGUUAAAGCCGGAAAAAUCCUCAAUGUUCCAUUAUUAGCAACUGAACAUUAUCCUAAAGCACUUGGACAUAUUGUUGAUGAAAUAGAUGUUAGCCAUGCAAAAUGUGUUCUUCCUAAAACCAAGUUUAGUAUGUAUAUUCCUGAAUUAGAGAAAAAUUUAAAAGAAAUUGGAAAUGUUAAAAACAUUGUUCUGUUUGGACUUGAAGCUCACAUUUGUGUUGAACAAACAACGUUGGAUUUAUUAGAGAAUGGAUAUAAUGUUCAUCUUGUUGCUGAUUGUGUUAUGUCUAGAAUUUUACAAGAUCGUGAUCUAGCAAUAGAGAGAAUGCGACAAUAUGGCUGUUUUAUAACAACAAGUGAAAGUGUAAUUUUUAGUUUAAUGGUCGACAAAAAUCAUGAAAAAUUUAAAGAAUGUUCUGCUCUUGUAAGAGAACCUUCUGUUGAUGUUGGACUAGCAAAAAAAUGAAUGAAGAAUGACAAAAUAAAGCUGUAAAUAAAAUUUAUUUGUAUAGAAUUUAAAGUACUAUUUUUAAUAUAUAUUUUAUCUUUGAAUCAUUUCAUGGAUAAUGUUGAAAUACUUUUUUGGCAUAAUUUAUUUUACUAUGCUUUGAUGAAAUUAUUACUUUAUUGUUGUAAUUGGUUUAAGAUAGAAACUGUAUUCUAUAAAUAGUUCUAUAAAUUUUAUUUGAAAUUUUAAAAAUAAACGCAUUUAAUUGAUAA